GGAGCUCUCUGCGGCAAGACUUGCUCAUGAGUCAAUCACAUACAUUCUUCACUUCCUAUCCUUCGACCUUGAAGAAUCGGACAUUAGUAGAGAGUACGAAGACAGAUCUUGAAGGCCACUUGAUCUAUCCUACCGCUGAACAGAAGGCGGAAGAGACAUGCACUGGGAGGGACAUGGCAUUGCAACGAAAAUUCGAGCAGCUCGCGCAGAGAACUCCUCUGAAGCUGCUUCCCUUAAUGGACACAAAGCUUUGACACCAAUAAUUGCUGGCAGCGUAUGUGGAGGUGUGCUGGGCAUCGCAUGGAUCGCUGGCCUCAUCUGGUAUUUACUUAAACGCCGGAAAUCGAAAGAUCGGAAUCCUCCCAAAGAGAUCAAUGAGACGGAACGAUACAUUAUACCCCCAGAUCCAGCCAUCUUGCAAGAACCCAACGAGCACUGCGCACGCACAUCCAUCCAGCAAUAAUGUUAUGGCAGUCGAUAUCAGGUCUUGGACCAUAUACGCGGCACAUCAUGAUAUAUCUAGUCUGCAAACAUCAGAAUUAUAAAAUGAUGCAGGCA